AGUCAACUACUACAACAUGCUGAUGAACCUUUAAUGGACCAUCUGGGGUCAAAGGACUUUAAGGAUGUUUAUGAACCAGCACAGGACUCUUACUUGUUCAUUGACUCUUUGAAGAAGGAUGUAGAGUUUAUAAGACGUUUGAAACCGACUGUUGCAGUGGAGAUUGGUUCAGGCAGUGGAUUCGUCAUUACAUAUCUAUCAAUGCUAAUACAACGUGAAUUGAACACUCAUGUGCAUUGCAUGGCCACAGAUAUCAAUCCUGCUGCGACACUCGUCACAACAAGAACUGCUCAACACAAUAAUAUAAUGUUGGAUGUUGUCAAUACUUCAUUCCUGAGUGGUAUUGAUCGCCUUCGAGGCAAGGUCGACGUACUCCUCUUCAAUCCACCCUACGUGCCCACGCCCUCUGAAGAGAUUGCCGAGGGUGGCAUCGUAGCCUCCUGGGCAGGCGGCAUAGAUGGACGAGAGGUCAUAGACCAAUUGUUGCCUCAGAUUAAAGACAUACUCUCACCAAAAGGUUGCUUAUACAUGGUGUUGGUCGAGGAGAACAAACCACAAGAGGUGGCAACAAUAUUGAAGAAGGAUGGAUUCAAACAUGGAGUUGUUGGUCAGCGUCUUGCCUACAAUGAGAGAUUAUACAUAAUCAAGUUCUUCAGAGAUUGA